CGUUACGACCAGCCUUUUGAUAAAUUUCUUCCGUUAAGGCAUUGUGCUGAACCAAUAGAUAAAGAUCACUGGAAAAUAAAUUGGCAUAUUCCAACAAUUGAAGAAGUUGAUUAUGCUUCUGAAUUAGUUACUAAAUUUAUUACAACACCAUUAGAGCAACUUUUGGACAACUUUAAAGACAGAACAGACAAAGAAAUUUUGAAAAUUUUAACAAUUGCACAUCAUGCUUUAAUGGCUUGUUCUCAUUUGUUGCCUUACUUGAAUGACAUGCCUUUAAGUAUUAUUCCUACUGCUGUUCCGAAUGUUGAAUUGGACGUUGUUACUAUUCGUCGAUAUGUUAAAAAAAUCAUCGGACCUAGUGGCAGUAAUUAUAGACUAUUUUUAUUCAACAAUGUUAAACAAAUUGGGGAAAAGUUGUUAAAUCAAAGAGAAAACGAUACAAAAUCUUCUACAGAGAUUAUUUAUCUUAUUCGAACUUUAACACAUGAACGUGGUGCUAAUUCGGUUUGA